ACGAUCACAUGACCAUUGCCAACCGAGUUUGGGGAUAAAAGUUGCGCGCGCAUGUCAAAAUUGAGCGAUAGGGGCCGAUUAAACACGAGCAAUUUUAUGGUUAUGGGUUGGAUGUUGUGUCGAACGUCGAACAUGACUGUCCGUUCCGUUGCAAAAAUUUUUAUCUUUAUAUAUGUUCUGUUAUUUUUACUGAUGUAAUAUAAUAUUGAAAGUAUACUGUGGGAGGACACAUUCAGAAACCGAGACCGUGCUGCAGACGUUGCUACAGAUUCUUAUUUAUCAGCGAAAAAGAACUACGUGUUUUGUCGAAAAUUCUCAGUCAUCAGCGAAAAAAAAGCAGAAUAAACGACGCGAGAGAAAAAACAUCAAACAUGUAGAGAAAGUGAAGAAAGAGAUGCUCGAGACAAAAGCUGAAGAAAAUAAACAGACAAAAUUCUUACAGAAAUAUGGGCGUAGUUAUUUACUAUAUACUUCAGAAAUCUGAAAUGUUGUCUGUGUAUCUGGAAAGAUUAGCCAAAUUUGCGCACUGUACUAAUAUAAAUUUUUACCAAGAUGUAGUACCAAGAUGUAACUUGGGAUGAAAUUCUCAUUCACUCAGACGCGAAUGACAGCUUUUGUAAAAAGAAUAAAUACACUAGCAUUGCAAUCGCAGCAUAAGGCGGCUUUAGGAACUGAUAUUAUUAAACAAGUGAUGCAACUUGGGAAAGCGGCUUAUGUUUUAUUGGAUACCGAUUGCGUCAAUGGAGGUCAUUACCAGAGCGAAAUUGAAGGACCAGAUUAUUGCAACGCUCACUGCACCGCAUUGUACGAGCUUGUUGCUUUACAGCGUUACUAUCACAGAGUAGUAAGGCAAUUUGCUAAAAAUAUAGCGUAUACUACACCUAUGAGCGGCGAAGAUAGUUCGGCAACUGAAAUUGCAAAAUUAUCACCAGAGGAGCUUUACAUGGAGUAUGAUCCUGCGGGUGUAGCAUUUAAGCCUGUUAUACCUAUUCCAAAGAUGUUGCUCGCUAAAAAAGUACUAGUUAAUUAUAAUUCGAGCGAUGAGGGACGAUUUACGUGCUUACGAUAGGAAGAUGGGAACUUUACCGAAGAAAAAAGCAAUAUGUAAAAGACUGAAGCUGUGAUAUUAAAUUAAUGUAAGUUAGUUUAAUAAUGCUUUUUACUGAUUUCUUGGAUACUAUCGUGAGUAGGAAAUUUACAAGAAAAAUUUCAAAAUUUAACAUAUUCACUUUUUUUAAUACAAUUAUAAAAUGGCUCCUCGAAAGAAAUAUUCUUGUAAAUUUCCCGAAUGUGGUAAUUUUUACAACGCGAAUGUCGAUAAAGUCAAUAAACAAGCAUCUUUUUAAAUUUCCGAAAAAUCACGAUCUUUGUGUUAAAUGGAAACUGAUUUGUGGCAUUGACAUUAAUGUAAACUCUGAGAACAUGCGUAUUUGUGAAGACCAUUUUCGAACAGUAGAUUUUGUUAACUUUACAAAGCAUUUGUUAAAUCCAAACGUGAUACCGAAAAAAAGUGAAAAAUCGAAUAAUUUAAUUCCUGUUCAAAUUUUGCCUCCAACAACUAAUGAAAACGUGAAUUCAUGUCGCCCGUUACGUGAUGCUAAUGUAUCUGCCGUUAAUACAAAUUCGUUUAACAGCGAUGUAAAUUCUGAUACUGUUUGUUAAGAAACUCCUGUUCAUCCAUCCUGUUCAUAUGAUACUAAUACAUUUAAUAAUGUUGCUCAGUCAUGUCUUGUCAUUAAUAAUAGUAAAGAUGCUAAUUCUAUAGAAUUUUUAAAUGGUGAGGAAGAAUGUGAAGAAGAGACAAUGUGUAUAUGUGAUCAGGAAAGUUGCAAAAAUGGAAAUUCAUGUUCUGUUAACAAAGAAAAUAAUUGCCCAGAUAACACUUGUCCAAACAAUAAUGACGAAAAUUGUGAACAAAGAAACGAAAAUUCACGAUUAAAAACAGGAAUUUCUUCAGAAACAGAGUCAGAACGAUACAAACGCAUGUAUGAAAUUAAACGCGGUAUUUCAGUAAAACUGUCUAAAAUGAAGAAAAGAAUGUCAGAUACAAAAAACGCAUUAGCAACUUUGAAAAAAAAAACGAUAAUAAUGUUUUCGAUUGCAUUAAUACACUAUUAAAUGAUGUUAUCAAAGCAUUCAUUAAUUCACAAUUAGUGAAUGCUUCACGUAAAAAUUCCGGAAAACGAUGGACAGAACAGGAUAAAGCGUUUGCUUUGUCAAUGUAUAAACGUGGUCCUCGUCUGUACAAGUUUCUACGUUCUAGUGAACAUUUUGAGCUGCCAUCUCCGCGUAGUCUGCAACGCAUUUUAUCUCAAAUUCCAUUUGAAACAGGAAUAAACAAAGUCCUUUUGGAUCAAUUAAAAAUUAAAAUAGACGAAAUGCAC